AUGGAUACAAAUCAGAUUAAUUAUAUUAUUUGGAGAUAUUUGCAGGAAUCAGGUUAUUCACAUACGCAGUUUGCAUUUGAACAUGAAACGAAUGUUCAAAAUUCGGACAAGGAUUGGGGCCUGACCUGUCCUGUCGGAAGGCUUGUUGAAGUUUUACAAAAAGGUUUACAGUAUACGGAAAUAGAGCAGCAUUGGAUUGAAAAUCCACCUCCAAGAGUUAAAGACGAGACUAUAACUCAGGAAGAUAUACAAAACACUGAACAUCCUUGCAGAAAUGAUUUUCUAUUAACGGUUCCUCAUUCCUGUUACGAGCGCAAUGUUGAUAAUGGUGAAGGGGCAGACGCAAAUGGAACCGAAAGACAUAAGCAUUCAGAAUUAGCAGACGCUUCCAAGACCGAAGGAGAUGUUGAACAUACCCCAGAAAUCCAUAUGAAAGGUCACAUAGCUGAAGUUCCCUCAAAUGAACCUUCGGUGGUUACAGAAGAAAAGUCAGCUGUGAACCCCAAUACUGUCAACCAAGAAAGUACUCAAUUGGCAGAACCCUCUAUGGAUGAAUCAUUAUCGAUUACAGAUACCUUGUCAAUGAGACAUGCUGUAACCUGUGCCGAUUGGCAGCCUACCGAUUCUGAAAGAUUCGUUGUAGGAAUGAUGAACGCUGAUUUGAGCAUUUGCAAACUGGGUGCCGACCCUAAAACCUUUUAUGGAUCCAAUAUUGAAAGUCAAGAUGUUACUUGUAUUGCAUGGAAUCAUACUGGGUCAUACUUUGCAUGUUCCUUUUUUAAUGGCUCUAUCGAAAUAUUUAAUGAUUAUGGCUCUCAACAGAUCAUCCUUCAAGAAACUGAAAGCCCUGUGUUGACGCUUAAAUGGAGUGAAACCGACACAUACAUAGCGGCAGGAUCCGCUGAUGGUCGCGUUGUAUUGUAUGAUUGUUUAACGCGUUCACUUGUAUACUUGGCCGACACGUAUUCUUCUAUAUUGGAAAUUGAAUGGAUUUCUGUAGAUACUUUUGUCAUUGCUGAUGCUGACGGAAAUAUGAAAAUGCUUAACGUUCGGAGCAGGAAUCCAGUCUUUAAUGUCGUAAAGGCACAUGAAGAGUCCAUUUUGUCUUUACAUUAUCAUCCACAAUUUUUGCUAUUAAUAUCUUCUUCUAGCGAUGCUACCGUAAAGUUAUGGUCCCAGUCAAAUUCUGAGUCACUGCAGUGUAUGCACACCUUUCCUUUCAAUUCUCCUAUCGAAUGUGUCGGCUGGAACGAAGGAAGCGGGUCUCCUAUUUUUGCAAUAGCUUCCAACAGCAUUGCCAGUUUAUAUAAUGCUAUUUCUUUACAACAACUCUCCGUAUGUAUGAGACAUGCUUCUCCAAUAACCGCGAUUUCUUUCAGCAACAAUGGACGAUUGCUAGCAACGGGUGACUCAAUCGGAAGUGUUUGCAUAUGGGACUGUAAAUUAAGUAACUUAGUUCAAGAGCUGGUUCCUAAAAAUUCAUCAGUGGCUACUCUUGCGAAUAAUCAAGCUGACGAACAAAUUAUUUUUAUUAAGUGGAGCCCUGAUGAUAAGCAUUUAAUAAUUGGAAAACAAAAGCACGAGCUUGCGGUUUCUGCAGUCAGUGACAAGAAAAUUGAUUUGGAUUAA